AUCGAGCGGCGGAUCUUCUCCGGUUGCUCACCAAGGCGGCGAGCGAUGGCUGGAGAUUGAAGGCGGCGACGAUUGCUUGCGACUGCUCGACGAAGAGGAGAUCGCGAUGGCGGUAAGGGAAGCGUCGGAGGAGCUUGUCCGAGGCCAGGGUUGCUAGGUUUGGGUUUGUUCGUCGGAGAGGAGAGAGCGCAGGGGAGGAGGAGAGUUGUGGGUUUCUUCUGCUUCGUUCACUGCAUUUCCGUCGGAGAUGUUAGAGCGGCGGAUUGCCUUGGGAAGAAGGGUUGGGGGUUUGUCGUGAGGGGAGAAGGACAAGAUAGUGGGCUUUUUUCAUGGAAUUAAAUUUUUAUUUAAAUAUAUUUUUAUAAAUUUUAGUAUGAUAGAAAUAAUUAUUGUUUAUUUAUUUUUAACUGACGCAUCAGCUUUUUAACUGUCAAAUAUAAUUGUUAACCGCCACCUAGGACAGAGUUAACAGAACUAGACGGUGAGUGACCAAGAAUGACAUAAAUGUGUAGUAUCAAUAGGGCUGUUAAUGAACCAAGCCGCUCAUGAACGGCUCGGUGUGCGACUCGAGAAAAACUCGUUCGACACUCGAUUCGUUUUAAUCGAGCCGGCUCGCGAACAAACUCGUUAACUAAACGAGCCGAACUCGAGCCAUACCAUGUUCAGCUCGAAAGCUCGCGAACAAGCUCAUUUAAUGGUUUGACAUAAAAAAAGGAUUAGAAUUCAUGGAUUUUAUGUAUUGAAAUUGGGAUAAAUAUUGUGUUUUACUUUGCUAGACUUUGUUCCAGGUUAGAAUGUAAUUUUGUGCGCAGUUCUAGGUCAAUCUUGAGCUAUCAUGAACAUUUUAUGAGCUGAACACGAAUUUGGGCUCGUUAAACUUAUUUGACGAGCCGAGCUCGAGUCGAGCUCGAGCUUUCAUUUUCAUAAACGAGCCGAGCUCGAGCUUGCAUAUUAAAGCUCGUGACGAAUACGAGCCGAGCUCGAGCCUGAAAAUAUAUUAACGAGCCGAGCCCGAACUAUGACAAAGCUCGGCUCGACUCUGCUCAUUAACAGCCCUAAGUAUCAAUGGCCAAAUUGAAAGGAAAGUGAUUCGGGUAGCUAACAUGUAACAAAUAGUUAAUAUGAGUGACCAAACUUGCGAUUCACCCUUAUUCUCCAAACAAGGAAUGGAGUUUGCUGCCUUGCUGUGUGCCAGCUUAGCUGGCUGCCUCCCUGUAAAAGCAAAGCGUAGAAAGUCAUUUUUCAGGAUAUUUUAAACACACCAAAAAUAGGAUAUUCCCUUUCUUCCCCUCCCAAAUUCCAGGCCCUCUCCGGAAACUACAACUACAGCUUUUCGGCUUUUCCUUUUUCAAAGGGAAGAAUCCAUUCACGACGAUUUUCCACUUCAACGAGAAAUACAAAGGAAAAUCUCCGCAACAAAAAGAGUAGAAUUCUCCGGCCAUGGCUUCUCGUCGCCGGAUGCUCCUCAAGGUCAUUAUUCUCGGCGAUAGCGGGGUGGGGAAAACGUCGCUAAUGAAUCAGUAUGUGAAUCGGAAGUUUAGCAACCAGUACAAGGCCACGAUUGGAGCUGAUUUCCUUACCAAAGAAGUUCAGUUUGAAGACAGAUUGUUCACAUUGCAGAUAUGGGAUACUGCUGGUCAAGAAAGAUUCCAAAGCCUUGGUGUUGCUUUCUACCGGGGUGCAGAUUGCUGUGUCCUGGUGUACGAUGUCAAUGUGAUGAAAUCAUUUGACAAUCUUAAUAAUUGGAGGGAAGAAUUCCUGCUUCAGGCAAGUCCACCAGAUCCUGAAAACUUCCCAUUUGUUGUGUUGGGAAACAAGGUCGAUGUUGAUGGUGGCAAUAGUCGAGUGGUUUCUGAAAAGAAAGCAAAGGCUUGGUGUGCUGCUAAAGGGAACAUACCCUACUUUGAGACUUCUGCCAAAGAAGGAUUCAAUGUGGAUGCUGCUUUUGAGUGCAUAGCCAAGAAUGCACUUAUAAAUGAACCAGAAGAAGAGAUGUACCUUCCUGACACCAUCGAUGUUGGAGGUGGAGGCCAGCAGCAGAGGUCCACAGGUUGUGAAUGUUAAGAGCAGUUUCUAAACAAGGAGCGGCAUACUGGUUCUUUCGAUGGAGAGUACGUUUGAUAGCAGAAUUGUACGUACCUUAGGAAAUCGAUGGUUGCGAUUUGAUGUAUAUUUGCUUAAGUUACUUCCUUGGAGAUAUUAUUCCUGACAGCGUUAUGUGUAGAGGUUUAUAUUGAUUGGAACUGCAAAAUACUACUUAAAGCUCUACAAAAGCUCUAUAUGUCUGCACACUUUGACAAUCCGAUUCGUGGAGCAAAGCAGAAUCAUGAACACUUUUUGAUGAUGCUCUUAUUUGGGGUAAUUGACCAAAAAUCCGCAGUUAAGUUUUGGCUGUCAAUAAAUAAUGGGUAAUGUC